UUGUUUACAUUUUGUUCCUGAGGCCUCUCAGCUUCUCAGGAGGAAAAAUCUUAAAGAAAAUAUUUUUCAUAAAAAAAUGUCUGUAACAAAAAACCAAUUUUCCGGAGUGCUGGGCCGAAAGCAACCAUGAAAAUCCUCAUGCCAGGGUACUCACAGGCUUGUCACUGAACCCAAAUCCAAGGAAAUCGAGGGCAAUCACGCGGUGGAAGCGCUGGGUCAGCCCCUCCCAGAUCUGGGAAGAGGAGAAAUGCAUCAGAAAAUCAUCCAGUGGGAGCAGAGGAUGGAAACAUCUGCAGGGUGAGCAGCCAUGGAUGGACGUGCUCCUCCCCAGCACCCCAGAGAACAUCUCAGCUCCAAGAAAACAGCAUCAGGUCAACAUUCCCCAAUAAACAGCCCCACCAUCCCCCAAAAAAGCCAAGGGAUUGUUGUGGGUGUUUCCUGGAAUGUGGGGCGUGGAAAGAGCUUGGAUUUCACACUGGGAGAGGAGCAAGGUGAAAUCCUGGAGCACGGUGGUACCUCCAGCAGAAAUCAGUUCUCCUCUGGAGCACGGCCCACCCCUGCUGUGCUGCCUGCUCAUCCCCAGGAGCUGUAAAUCCUGGGAUUUGGGUCAGAUGCCACCCCUGACCUUGCUCCAGUCGUAGCUGGACGUUGGGAAGCCGUGCAGGAGCACCACGACGUCCGAGCUGCCCACGGCGCCGCUGGAAUCUGUGGGGACAAUGGGACACCCUGGGGUCAGCUCUUCCCAGAAUCCCUCCCUUCCAGGGCAGGAACUGAGUCCAUCCCACCGGGAAUCCACCUCUCCCUCUGCUCCCCAAAACCCAGGAUGGGUUUGAGUCCCACCACAGCUUCCCUUCGGAAACCUCACCGGCUCCGUGAUCAACCCAGGGAUUGAUUUCAAAUCUAUGCAUUUUUAAUUGAUAAAAAGAUUUAAUUAGCCCAAAUUAACUCCAGCAGCCUCUGUGCUGCUGCAAAAAGGGUUUCCAGUGUCUUGUCCAUGUUGUGUCCCAGUGAUCUGCACAGGAAGGAAAGAACCGAGCCCCAGAGUUGCAGGGGCAGCCAGCAGAGGCCAAGGCCAGCCAGACUUGAUGGAACUGGCAGAUUUUGCCUGGGAGCAACCCUUGGAUAUUCAGAAUUUUGGAGGUGGAAUCCCAAUUUCAGCCAUGGACACCCAGAGAAGGACGGAUCCAUCUUGAGAUCAUUCCCAGCAAGUUUCUAACCCGGCGCAUCCCCCCGAAUCCCAAAUAUCAACAUAUAAAAACUCGUCUGGAUACUGGAAAUAGUUUGUCGAAAUACAUGGAAAAAUUGGAAGAGAUCAAAAGAAAUUACAGGUACAAAAAGGAUGAGCUGUUCAAGAGGCUGAAGGUGACAACUUUUGCUCAAUUGGUUCUCCAGGUGGCCUCUCUGUCCAAUGAAAGCCUGGAGGUGACAAACGAGGAGCUGCACAAGCUGCAAGAUGCUGGUGCUGCAGGGGACGACGGAGCGGGGACGAACGGCAAAGGGAGCCCUGAGGGGACAGCCAGCCCUGUCCUGUUCCUGGACAGCUCAGGGGCAGGGGAAUCCCUCCGCUCCACGCUGCAGAGUGUCAUCAGUGGGGUCGGGGAGCUGGACGUGGAGAAGGAUUCUCCCAAGAAGGAGGAGCAGGACAGCCAGGCCAGGGAGAGGCCCUACCCCGACUGCCCCUUCCUGCUGCUGGACGUGCGGGACCGCGACGCCUACGAGCAGUGCCACAUCGUGGGGGCCUAUUCCUAUCCCAUUGCAACGUUGUCUAGAACCAUGAAUCCCUACACAAAUAAUAUUCUGGAAUAUAAAAACGCCCAUGGCAAAAUCAUCAUCGUGUACGACAACGACGAGCGCUUGGCCAGCCAGGCAGCCACCACCAUGUGUGAGAGGGGCUUUGAGAACCUCUUCAUGUUGUCUGGGGGCCUCAAGGUCCUUGCCCAGAAGAUCCCAGAGGGGCUGAUCACCGGCACACUGCCCGUGUCCUGCCAGGUGCCAGCUCCCCCAGGAACUGCCCGCAGGAGAGCAGCGCCCAGGGUGCCCCCCACACGGGCAGAGAACAAGUGGAGGUUUUCUGCAGAUGAUCUCCAGAAGUUGAGGCAUUACCUGGCUGAGGAGCAGAUGCCUUCAGAUGCUGCCAGCCGCCUCAGCCGGGGUCUCUCGGGCCGCGACUCGAAGCUCUCCUCGGCCAGGAGCAACCCCGGCCUGCACAGCUCUCCCCGCAGCCUGGCGCCCCUGAGCAGCCGCUCCCACAGCAGGACCAGCGUCCAGAACAGGCCCUGGAAGUAAAGCAGAGCCCGGUUUGGGGAAUGCUGAGCAGUGCAGUGCAGCCCCUCUGUGCUUUUAGGGAUCGGCAGGGAAAAGCAGCCCUGGUGAGAGCUGGCAGCUCGGGUAAGGCUGGGCAGCUGCAAUGGCAUCACUUGGGGUGCAGGGCAGGACAGAGCUGAUAGAACUGGUUUUGUAGGGGAGGGAGAAAACUCCUAGUAAAGGCUGGCACCAGUAGAAACUGUCCCACAAAAGUUUUUAGUCCAGCUGGAGGGAUUUGUGUCCGUAACAUUCCCAGGUCUGGAGCUGUGAGGGUGAACAGGCCACAAAUCAUCUGUGAGCACGAACUUUGGUGGUUUUAGCAGAGAUAAAGACAUUCAGCAUCUUGACAAAAGUGAGAGUAGAUCCUGGAAGGGUUGUGUCUUGGUUUUUUUAAAUAAAUUAUGGUAAUGAACAGAAGUAUUUGUAAAAAAGAUUGUUUUUAUUGCUCAAUUGGUGCUGUGACAGCCGUGCUUGCUUAUGGACACUUUGUGAAUAGUUGUGUCUUUUUCAAGGUGACCUGAAGGAGAGUAACUGGAUUUUCUUUUCCCAAUGACUCCUUUGCCAGUGAUUUUUUAGGAGUUUCUUUAAGGUUUAGGGUGGCUGAAGGAAAAUUUGUUGCUGCUGCCUCGCCAGGGUCCCUAAAACCCAGCAGGGCCCUGGAAUCAGGAACUGAACAGUUGGAAAAGUGAAUAUCACAAAUUUUUCCUCAAACUGGUGCUUCUGGAUAAGCUGGGAAUCCUCUGAUUUUCCUGAGCUGCCUGUGGGACCCUUUGGAAGUGAUUUUGGAGGGAUUCUGCUCUCCAGUUUUCCAUCUGGCAUUGCUGAGCCUGGUCCUGCUUUGGUUAUCGUGGUCUUGUGGGGUUUGUGUGUAUUUUUGGAUUCAGUGUUUUUCCCCCUUUUUGAACCAGACAAUUUUCAACACAUCCCAAAACUCACUGGUGACUUUGGGAUAAUUCUGAUGAAAACCAGACAAUUUUCAACACAUCCCAAAACUCACUGGUGACUUUGGGAUAAUUCUGAUGAAAGGACAAAAAGUAGGAGAAAUGGCACAUAAUUUCCUGUUUGGGAGAUUAGGACUCAACAUCCCUGAGCACGUUUAUCUUUUGUUGUGACUGUGAGUGUGAAAUGAGACAGUGCUGACUGCAGGACUGGCAGGUUCAGUCUGAUAAGGUCCUGCUGCUGUGGGAGUAGAUUUUUCCAGCUCCAUGAGCUCUUGGCAGUGUCAUUGCAUUGGCUAAAAUCCUGAUUUUGCUGUCCAGCUGUGGGAGACAGAUCCAGAAUCCCUGGCUACUCUGUGCUGCAUGAAAACCUCCUGGUGAAACUUGGAUAAAACUGGCUUGAGUUGUUUGUGAUCCUCCAAAUCCCAGGAAUCAAAGCAAGGACUGCAUGUACUUUCCCACCAUCUCCGUGGAUUUGUGUGGAUUUGGACUCCUGGUGUUGUUUGGAGCAGAGUCAAACUCCCUAGAGGCUGAGAGGUUUAAUUUAAUAAAAAUGUAAAUUACA